AUGGCGACUAGUGGUGUUAAUAACCACAGCAUAGUCGAUUCAAUUUGGAAAGAUCGAAUUGAACGAGCACUCAAACAUAUUUGUCGUACAAUUGAUAUACGACUAAGACGUGAUGCUGUGCCACUUCUUGCAACUAUUGGUGAACAAGUUGAACAAUCUAAUCAAUUACGACGUCCACGUAUUAUAUCUGAACCAAUAUUUAUAGAAAAACAAUCGACACUUUAUACAUCUUGUGCUUAUGAUGGCAUAACUGGUGAUAAAUUAAUUUGUUCACUUUCAAUUUUACCUCAAAUUGAUCAAUUACCUAAUAUGUUUACUUAUGUACCAUUACAAAGAAAUUUUCUCUGUGAUACAGUAACAAAUCUCUCAGAUUUACUUUUAGAUGAAGACGAUGAAGAUAUUAAAAAUCUUCUUAAUUCUGUUCAAUCGGAUACUACUUUAAUUCAGCAAGAAACACUUCGAUCUUAUCCAACAACAAGACGUACACGUCGUUCUACUAAAACAUCAACAAUUCGUGAUAAAAAUAAUGAAUUUAUUUUCGAUGAAGAACAUCUUAUGGAAUUAUUAAAACGUAUUAAACAACAACCAGGACAUGCAUCAAUACCCAUGACAGCAAAUGAUGAAGCAGCUUUAUUCGAAACAUUAAUUAAAUUAUAUCCAUCUUCAGCUGAUUUAAUUCGAGAUCGAUUUGGCACAAUAUUUGAAACAAAAAGUGUACAAUCAAAAGAAUUAACACCUAAUGUUGAUAAUUCAUCAAUAGCACUUGAUACAACUAUUGAAAAUACUUUACAUUCAUAUUUUAUGCUUUUUUGUCGUCGUUGUUAUCAAUAUGAUUGUUAUUUACAUCGAGAUAAACAAGCUAUACCUGAUUUAAAUAUUGAAUCAAAAUAUUCAAAUAUAAUUUAUCGUCCAUGUAGUCGUUAUUGUUAUAGAAUAAAUUUAAUAUCACAACGACGAACAAAAUUUGAACUUAAACGAAGUCAUAGUGAAUUACCUGAUAAUAUUAAAUUUCAAAUACCAACAAAUGGUUUUUAUUCAAAACAUUCAAAAUUAAAUUUAAUUAAAACUGAAUCAAUAUCACCAAUAAAUUUAUCAUCAAAUGGUUUUCUUAUAAAAUCAUCAUUAAAACGUAAAUUAAAUGAUGAAUUAUCUGAAUGGUCAUCAAGUGAUAAAUCAUUAUUUCGAGUUUUUUAUACAAUUUAUGGUAAUAAUAUAUGUAUGAUUGCUAAUUUACUUGAUAAACCAUGUUCACAAGUUUAUUU